AUGCCGCCAAACACAACACCAUCCUUUGCAUUCGAGCCGGUCGAGCCGCUCCCCACCCCGGAAGCCGGCUCGUCCACCAGCCACUUUCGCGCAUUCACCCGCGUGCCCCGCGUGCUCGAAGUACCCGAUUCCGAGGGCGAGGGCGAGGGCGAGGGCGACGACCUCUCCUCUGACGACGACGGCGGCGACGACAACCAAGACGAGAACCGCGACCGACGCUCGCAAGCACGCACCGCUGCCUCGUCCAAAUCCACGCUCGAAGCCGAGCACUUCCGCAUUGGCGAUGUGGUCUACCUGCCCUCAUCCUACCAGGCUCCGCUCGCCGGCGUGCUCACCCACCUCUGGACCGACGCCUCGGAGCACGGCAAGAUCUUCGGCGUGUGCCGCCUGCUCCACUGGCCAGAGUGGAUGUCUACCAUGGCAAAGAAGCGCAUGGCCGGCAUAACCAGCCGCCACGAGAUCUACUACACACACAAGGCCACCUCGCUCACCAAGCGCCGCACAAAGACGAGCGAAAAGUCGGGCAAGGAGGGUGACACCUUCGAGGCCGGGCCCUCGCUCCACGACUACUCGUUCGACGUAGACGAGAUCAUCGCCAAGGUGCACAUCCAUCCCAGCCACGCAGAAUGCGCCAAAGCCAUCAAGGACAGCUCGGCGCUCUCGACGCUUUCCGCCAAUCUCGACGACAAUGCCGCCGGCACGCCACGCAAAAGCACGAGCAAGAUCUCGACGCUGUACAAGAACAAGUCGUUCCCAACGCAUCUGUUCUGCGAGCGUGCGGUCGAUCCCAACAGAGAGCUGUUCUGGCGCAUCGACUGGGCCAAGCUCGUCGGCAAGGGGAUGCAGGGCGCAGGAUGGGAUCUCAAAGAUGACUCCUCCGACGUGGCCACCUCCCAGGGUCAGGGCGUCAAGGACCUGGUCGAGCAGGCGCACAGAGACUCGAGUGCAGCUCAUCCACCUUCACUCGCCGCAACACGGCUUCGCGAGCGCUCUUCCACGCCGUCCUCGGUGGCCUCAACUUCCGACCUAGCCUCCGCAUCGGCGCGUAAGACAUUGUCUGCAUCCGGGCUCGACACCGACGCACCCAAGCGCAGACCCGGUCGGCCGCGCAAGGAAGACUCGCUCUCUGCCGGCGUCGCCGCGCCCAAACGCAAGUACACGCGCAAGAAGGCCUACUCGUCCGACUCGGACAUUGCCUCCGACGACUCUUUCCAGAGCGGCAACGAGUUCGAGGCCGAGGACGACUUGUUGGUCAAAGCGAGGCACCUCGACACGCCCGAAUCCUCCGACGCCGAAGGCUCGCAGUUCAGCGCCCCGCCCUCAGAAGACGACGACGACGAUGACCACGACGACUUCGGCAAGACUUUCAACCUCACCCCGCGCAAGCGCGCCAAGAUGCCAAAGGACGCGCCCAUGACGCCCACCAAGCGACGCGUGCUCUCCACGCCCCAAAAGGCGCUGUACGGCCUAGCGAGCCCCGCCAAGGCGCAGGCGACGCCGCGGUCCAAAGCGCGCCUCAUGGGCAUCAAGGCACGCAGCCUGCCGCAUCCCACGCUUCCUACGCGCCCGCCCAAGCUGUCGCUGCUGCCGAACCAAGAGGCGCUCACGCCGCACGAGCGCGCCAAGCGGCUGCUCCACGUCGGCGCCACGCCCGACCAGCUCCCGUGUCGCGAGGACCAGUACGAGGAAAUCAUGGCGUGCGUCGAAGACGCGGUGGAAGAAGGCAUCGGUGGAUGCGUCUAUGUCUCGGGCGUACCAGGUACGGGCAAGACGGCCACAGUGCGCGAAGUCAUCCGUGCGCUCACUGCGCGCGCCGAGCGCAACGAGAUGAACCCCUUCUCGUUUGUCGAGAUCAACGGCAUGAAGCUCGCCGACGCCUCGCAGGCAUACACGCUGCUGUGGUCGGCGAUAUCCGGUGGACAGCGUACGUCGCCCAAGACGGCACUGGGCCUGCUCAGCUCGCACUUUGCGCGUGUGGGCGCCAAGAUGUCCGGCACGGGAGGCGCUGGAGUAGGUGCCGGCCCGGGAAGGGCGGCAACGGUGGUAUUGAUGGACGAGCUGGACCAGCUCGUAACCGCGAGGCAGGACGUCAUGUACAACAUGUUCAACUGGCCCAACACGCGCGGCUCGCGACUGGUGGUCAUCGCGGUGGCCAACACGAUGGACUUGCCCGAAAGAACGCUCAAUGCCAAAGUCGCCAGUCGACUCGGCAUGACGCGCAUCACAUUCAUGCCGUAUACGGAUCGACAGCUCGUCGAGAUCGUCAAGUCGAGGCUAGGCAUCGAUGCUGGCGACGAGGCGAGCGGAUGUGCAGAUGUGCUCAGCCUCGAUGCCAUCACGUACGUCUCGAAGCGCGUAUCCAACGUAUCGGGUGAUGCGCGACGUAUGCUCGACGUCUGCCGCCGCUCAAUCGAGCUGGUGGAAGCAAAAUCCGCCUCGACUUCGAGUGCGGUAUCCAAGGUGACCAUCCUGGACAUGAAGUCGGUGCUCGACUCGAUGGUCAAAUCGGGCAAAGUAUCGCACAUCCUCUCGCUGCCGCUGCACGCCAAGAUCGUGCUGCUCAGUGUGCUCAGCUGUCUGCGACGCUCCGGUCUCGCCGAGACCGAACUCGCCGAUGUCGCCGCACACCACAAGGCCAUCUGCAGAAUGUUUGCCGUCAACCUCCCCGCCACGACGCCGGGAGAAGAAACCUCACUCAACUCGCCACUAGCCACACUCAGCUCGCUCGGACUGCUCAUCUGUGUAGGCCAGGGCGCGGGCACGGGAAGAGCAGCAGGGUACGCCAGAGUCAUGCUGGCGUGCCAGGAAGACGAGGUACGCCUGGCCUUCGAACAUGAUCCCGACGAACGACUGCGCAAGAUGCUCUGA